CUAUGUUGGGUUGUUUCAGAAAAUCAACAAAUGGUUCCUCCCUUUUCCCUGUCGGUAGAAGAAAAGUGAGAGAAGAACGGAGGAGGCCAUGGACGUCGACCCAGAAACCGGCGUCUCCACCAAAGGACGUCUCCCCUUCCCAACCCACCACCACCCAACCGAAAGAAGCUCCCCAUCCUCUCCCUGAAAACAGGCGUCGCCGUCCGCCUCUUCCUCCCUCCCCUUCCCAACCCACCACCACCCAACCGAAAGAAGCUCCCCAUCCUCAUCCACUUCCACGGCAGCGGUCCUGCAGCGGCUCCGCCUUCAGCUGCGUCGCCCACAAUCACCUCACCGCCCUUUCCGCCCGUGCGAUUUUCGUUUUCACUUUUUGCUUUCUAUUUAUGAUAUGAUUUGGAUCUGGUUUCGACCCGGAACCAGGUACCCUGCCCAUUUGGGCGUACCAUUGUGACAGUGUCCCGGAGGUUUGAGCCGCUCCCAGAGGUUUUAGGCGCUAGGUUCCUCUGCGUAAAACCCACAAAAUCUUCCCGCGUCGGAAGCACGGAGGGAGAGAGAGAAAGAGAACUUAUCAAAUGGCGGUCGAGGAAAGCGAAAAGAUAGCAAAGAGCGCAGAUUCGAAAAAAGUAGAUGAAGAAGAUGAGGAAGACGACGAUGAAAUCCGAAGCUUCGAAGAGAUGGGUUUGGACCCCCGCCUCAUACGUGCGCUCUCAAAGAAGGGAAUGACUCAACCCACCCCCAUCCAAUCCGCUGCCAUCCCUCGGAUUCUUCAAGGCAAAGAUGUGGUCGCCCGAGCGAAAACCGGUUCUGGUAAAACCUAUGCCUAUCUGCUUCCUAUGCUCCAGAAAUUGUUCUCGGAAGCCAGCCAGGCCGCGAAAGCUGCUCCGAGGGCCGUGGUUCUUGUUCCAACCCGGGAGCUAACCCAACAAGUCUACUUGGAGAUUUCAUCUCUGCUUGAACUUUGUAGAACUCAAUUGAAAGUUGUACAAUUGACAGCUGCCAUGUCCGAUGCUGAUUUGCGAGCAACAUUUAUUGGUUCUCCUGAUAUUCUGGUAUCAACGCCAGCCUGCAUUUCCAAAUGUCUAUCAAAAGGUGUCCUUGAAUCAUCAUCUUUUCAGGGAUCACUUUCCAUGUUGGUUUUGGAUGAGGCUGAUCUUUUAUUGUCCUAUGGAUAUGAAGAGGACUUGAGUACCCUUGCUCCUCAUGUUCCUCGCCAUUGCCAAUGUCUUCUCAUGUCUGCAACUUUAAGUGCUGAUGUUGAUAAGUUGAAGAAUCUCGUCUUGCAUAGCCCUUAUAUUUUGACUCUAGCAGAAGAUGUCAAUCCAAAGGAGGGAAUUGUUCCAAGGAGUGUACAACAAUUUUGGAUAUCAUGCAGUGCUCAAGAUAAACUGGUGACUGUUCUUGCUCUUUUGAAGUUGGAACUGGUCCAAAAGAAAGUGCUGAUCUUUGUCAACAGCAUCAAUAUGGGCUUUAAAUUAAGACUCUUUCUCGAACAGUUUGGAAUUAAAACUGCAGUGCUGAAUGCUGAGUUACCACAGAACUCCCGGCUUCAUAUUCUGGAGGAAUUCAAUGCAUCACUUUUUGAUUAUCUAAUAGCUACCGAUGACUGCAAAGUGGAGAUAGAGGAGUCCAAUAAGAAGAUCAAUGUGUCUGAAAAAAAGUCCAAAAAAAGAUGGAGGAAGCAGAAGUUGGACUCUGAGUUUGGUGUGGUGCGGGGCAUUGACUUCAAAAACGUCUUCACAGUUAUAAAUUUUGAGAUGCCUCAGAGUCCUUCAAGAUAUGUACAUCGAAUUGGACGUACUGGAAGAGCACAUAAUACUGGUGCAUCUGUAUCCCUUGUUUCUCCGGAGGAGGAAGAGGUCUUUGAUGAGAUUAAAACUAUGCUCGGUGAUUCUGAUGGUCCCGAUUCGUCAAAGUUGAUUGCACCCUUCCCUCUACUCUCAAAGAGUGCUGUGGACAACUUGCGCUAUAGAGCCCAGGACGUUGCUAAAGGGAUCACAAGAGCUAACAUCAGAGAAUCGCGAGCUCAGGAUCUGAGGAAUGAGAUUCUUAACUCAGAGAAGUUGAAGGCUCAUUUUGAGCAUAAUCCAAGAGAUUUAGAUUUACUGAAGCAUGACAAGGUGCUGAGCAAGAAACCACCUCCAUCUCAUCUGAAAGCAGUUCCUGAUUACCUGCUGGAUCCAGUCACGGAGGAAGCUAGGAAGAUUGUCAAGCUCUCCAGGGCAGCGAUGCCCAAAGCUGGCUCUUCCCGUCGUCAUCAUGGUUCCAAGGGAAAAUUUCGUAGAAGUAAAGAUCCAUUGAAGACUUUCUCAGCUGAGAAUCGCAAAAAAGGUUGCCGCCAUGAUGGGAAAAGGAGAGAAGAUAGAACUGAAGCAUCCGACAAUAGGAGAUGGAAGAAGGCAAAAAGCAGUAGCUAGAUCCUUGUUUGCGGUAAUGGAAGAUCUUGUAGGUUUUACUUAUUUAGUUUUAUGUUCAAGUUCUUUGGGCUCGGCCCUGCAAUUUUGUGCCCUAAAUCGUCAUUUCCUUACUAUUUUUGUUCACAGUGAUUAAGCGAAAUUAUAUAUAUAUAUAUAUAUAUAUAUAUAUAUAUAUAUAUAGAGAGAGAGAGAGAGAGAGACACAUACACACACACACGGAGGUGCAAUAUACGGUAACCCUUGAAACGGCAGAGGCAAAUAUGCACACCAAUAAAAAUGUUUUCCAGUUUUUAA